GAUCCGGUCUUUAGCAGGACAAACGAGAGGGCUUGAGGUCACUACGUGCUUAGCUGUGUGACUCUCUAACAGCGCAGUUAGAGGGAAUGCUUCUGUAGUCACUGAUUUUCGUGUGGGUGUUGCUUUCUUUCGGUACAGGUUUUUUACAUUUUCAAACAGUAUGGCGUCGCAGUUAAAACUCAUCAACAUUGCCGGCGACGACGCUGCGGUCGUGGAAAUUCCCGGAUUCGUCGCGACUGUGAAGGAUUUGGAGGCUUUCCUCCAGAAGCCCACCAGAAGCGGUCUUCUUGUUGACGAGCCUGCGUCCUACAAGUUUCUGUUCCUUGUUCCAUGCGAGGGGGCAGAUUUUCUGUCGCCCGCAUCUAAUUGGCGGGAGGAGGCGCAAAAGGGGGGAGAGGGGCAGGCAGAGGAAGAAAACGAACACGAUUCAGACGGUAGUGUUGCUGCGGCCGACUCCGGUGGUAACACACGCAGGACGAAGGAAGAUGAUUCCAGUGAAUUUGCGCUACAGUAUUUUGCGCGGCCUAAAGAUCUGAAGGACCUGCUGCGGGAAAUGUGUCGGAAGGAAGGGUCCGACCACAUUGUGCACUCUGUAAAGUUGCGUCCAAAUUUUAUUUCCGCGUAUGACGAUUAUGAAAGCUUUGACUUGCCGGCGUAUAUAUAUAUUGCUAGGCCGCUUGACGGCGCGGAGGAAGCGGCGGCGUGCACGUGCCUAGAGGUGCUUGGCCUUACAAUCGAGGGAAUAGGCCACUUGUGCGACGUUAGUAGUCAAGCAGUCGUUCGCGCUGCGGCGCAAUACUGCCAGUCCAUAAAAGCCAAUACUGUUGAGAGCUGGGAUCGUUUUGCGGUGGCCUACGUCCGUGGGGUCCUAAGGAUUCGCGAUGUGGAAGGGGACCAGGAUGCUCAAGUAAAGCUGACGGAAAUGCUUCUCGAGCUCAUGAAUUUCGCAGAAAACUACAAUGCCGCCGAGCUGGUGUCAACAUUGAUGCGGGUCCGGUGUACGGUUGAAGACGCGGAAGACCACUGUUUGUACCAGGGGGACGUCGUCCCGUCCCCUUUGCCGCAUUUGUUUCUGCGCCGUGCUUGGCGGAAAAGGACCAGCCUUCCUCGUGCUUUGCUGUUCUUGUUGCAGGAGCUGGACUGGCCGGAAGAACUUUACGACUGGCGGUCCGGCCACGGGGCAACCAUGCUCUCAUUUUGCAUGCUUCACUCAGAUCUUCUGGACCAAACGCGGAGCGCAACAAGUGUGUUGAAGUGGCGUUCUUUUGCAGAGCUGGGCGCCUUUUUGGCAAAGCAGAUGAGUCUCAAUCAGUUUCCAGCGCAGGACAGUGCUUGGGGCAAGGGGCUCGUGAAAGCAGCUGUGUAUGCAACAAAGUCGCGCGAGUUCCUCCCCGCGGUGGUAGCGAUCAAGGACCGAUUUCUGGAGUUGCUGCCCGACUGCGACAUAAACUUAGAUUACCUCAUUCGCACCGUCCAACGCGGAUUGGAGUCAGACGUUCCGACAUCUGAGCCGAAUAGCGAUUCCAUACCCGAAGCCUGCCGCAUACUUCAGGAGAUUCUGGAGAAGCUCACGGAGUUGCAACGGCGAAGAGAGCGCAGUGCGAGCUGAGGGGAAAACGUUGGAAUUUGAAGCGAAGCGCCACCUUAAAAACAGGGUGAUGCUUACGCCUCUCCUGAUUCGGUCGGGUGUUAGGAAUGCCGUUUUGCACCAUACAAGUAUAACUACAGGACCGAGUGCAUUGCUAGCUGAGCAAAGAACUAAAUCGCUUUCGGUAUAAAAUCAGCUUCCACCCCCUCGUGCUGCGCUUGCAAGGUUUCGUGAGGACGAUAAACGAAAAUCACUCCAGGAGCGGCGCUCUAGGGUUUUCGAGUCUAGAUAUUCGUGUAGUUGACGCGUCUGUUAGUGCAAUGCAACAUUCCAC